AAAAUUCUUACCUCUAGUAGUGUUAUGAUAUAAAAACAAUCAGUUGAAACAGUAGGAUGUUACUCAAAAAAAAUGUUUUUUACUAAAAACAUUUAAAAACUGAUAGAUAAAUAGGACAGCUGUUAAUUUAAUAUGUAAGUCGCAGUGUGACCUUUGAGGUUUAAAGUAACAGGAGCAAAUUUUAACGUUUCUGUAAGUACAGAUGUUUUUGGCGCCAUCUGACACUGCAAGUUUUAUCAAAAUACAAUUUUGUUUUUUAAUGAAUUAAAUGUUUAUACGACUGGCAAUAUUAUAAAUAAUGUGUAAACAUAAAUCGUGAUAUCAUUAUAAUGGAUCAGACACCAAAGCGGCAAAAAAUUACUGAAGAGUCGAUCGUAAAUGACAUCGCGUCCUCUGUUAGUUCAAUAACGAUGGACGAACGUAUGCAAGCAAUAUCGUUCGCGAACAGCUAUUUCGCUUUGGUCGAUGGUCUUGCUUCCGGUUUAGAAAAUCACUUAUCCGAGGACGUGGUCCUAGAUUGGUUUGGUAGAACGGUCAGAGGUAGAAGAAACGUAACCACCUUCAUCGAAGCGCAUAAAGUAAACUCUAGACAUAUAUUCUCUGAGAUAACACCAGUUGCUGGUAUCGGUUAUAAAAAGAAACAUUUCAAUCGAAAAAAGAUCCAUUCCUAUCACAAAUCAUUGACCAAAGAUGUCGGUUUGUACAAUGAUGCAAAUAAAAAAUUGAACGAUGAAAGGUUCUUGGAAGAAUCAGAAGUGUCUCCGAAAUGCAAAACUACGAUGGAUAUUAAUCAGAAUGAAAUCGUCACGAAGGUAGCCAGCGAAAUGGAUGACAUGUCUUACGAUCUGUGCGAGGGUGAUCUCAGUAAUCUUUUCAAACUCGAGAUCGCGUCAACCAACAUAGAAGAGAUCGAGCAAAGCAUUAAUAGGAUAAAAUUGGAAGAGGAAAUGGCACCAACCGUCAAAGCCGUCAAGAGAGAGUGUGGUCAAGGAGAUGGACCUGCUAUCGUUGAAACUAGCACGAUAAAAUACGUGGAGGCUGAUGGAGAGAUCGAAUUCUCUAGGAAAUUUUGGAAACGAGAUGCAUGGAACGCGUAUAUCACUGCUGCGUCUAACGUUCACACUUGGAGGCGACCAUGUAAAUUGCAAAUCGCGUAUACCACUUUAGUUGGACAGCCAGCCUUGGAAUUAUCUCGUAGAAGCAGAAAUACUGCAACACGCGUUGAACAGCCUAAAACUAGACUACCUAGCUUAUUGGAAAUCAACGAGAUCAGUAACAGAUUGAUACCCAAUGAAGAUCAUUUUGGUGGAUUCUUAAAGGAGAUUGAUUUCUACGAAGAUCGUAAGGAAUUUUUGAAAAAUCUGGGAACACAGAUGAUGUCUAAAGAUCCUGAUACACCACUGUUCGCUCCUCGCUAUGUAGAGAACAAGCUCGUUUUCAACAAACCAUGUGGUAAAAUCAGUGAUAAAAAUAGGGAGAGUAAGAAGAAGUUUAGCUUCAAUUAUCAGAUUCAUCUGAUCAUAUACGAAGGUACCAAUAAGUGCAGGAUGAAUCUUCUCCAUGAAUUUGAAAAAGCAAGAAUUUAGAAUUGAAUACUCCAAUACAAUUGUUAUUAUUAUUUUUUUUUAUUUAGGUAUUGUUUUGGAGAUCAUUUUAUGGGGAGAAAUUAUUGUUAGAAUAAUUAAUUUUUUUUUUUGUUUAGCAAUUUUUUUAUUGAAAAUCGUUCUGUGAUAUUUGAAAGUUUUACGUUUAUUGGGUACAGUGAUGAGGUAUUACAAGCCAAUUUAUUUUUUUCUCUUCUUUGGUUUUGGUGUGGUAUGGUACAUUAAGAUGUACCAUAGUUAUUAGAUGAUCUCACGUUCACCAGAUAAUCGAGUUUGAACAACGAAAUUGCUCUUUUAUCUAAGUGAAUAAUGUAUUGCAGUAUUGUUUACUAGCAAUAAUUCGAAUAAUUUACUAAGUGCAGCUGGUACCUGCGCUAAUUGUAUGAUACUCGCUCUACGACGCAGUAUUUUUGUUUAAAUUUCAGUAUUGUACAAUGGUAUUCUGAAUUGUUAUAUUAUCGUGAGAAAAUCCAUUACAGUUUUCUUGGAGCUCGAAUAAACUGUGAUCAACAAGA